CCCGCCCUGAACUCGCGAAUCUCGCCACAAAGCCGAGCGAUACCUUGUACUGCGGCUGGUUUAGGGGCUGAGCUGACAGCUGAAGAGGUCAGAACAGAUGGAGCAGAAAAACAACAAGCUUGCCCUCUCCACCGCCUCCAAUGUCUCCAACUCCUCAGCGGGCAAUGACACAGCCACCCUGCUGCCUGAGGCCCCCUACCAGGCAGUGGAGGUGGUGUUCAUAGUCCUGGUGGCAGGGUCUCUCAGCCUGGUCACGAUUAUUGGGAACAUCCUGGUCAUGCUUUCAAUAAUACUCAACAGGAACCUGCAGACCAUAAACAACUACUUCCUCUUCAGCCUGGCAUGUGCAGACCUGAUCAUUGGGGUAAGCUCCAUGAACCUGAACACAGUCUACAUUGUGAUUGGCUACUGGCCCCUGGGACCUGUGGUGUGUGACCUAUGGCUGGUCCAGGACUACGUGGUCUGCACUGCCUCUACCAUGAACCUCCUCAUCAUCAGCCUCGACCGUUACUUCAGUGUCACCAAACCGCUCAGCUACCCGAUGAAAAGGACCACCAAGAUGGCGGGCAUGAUGAUCGCGGUGGCCUGGGUCCUUUCCUUCUUCCUGUGGGCACCGGCCAUCCUGUUCUGGCCAUUUAUCGUGGGUGUGCGGACCGUGCCGGACACAGAAUGCUACAUCCAGUUCUUCUUCGAACCAACCAUCACCAUUGGCACUGCCAUUGCUUCCUUCUACCUGCCUGUCGCCAUCAUCAUGAUGCUGUACUGGCAGGUCUCCAGGGCCAGCAAGAGCUGCGUGAAGACGGGCAAGUACGAGCCCUCAGGAUCAAAACAGGAGAACCCAUCCAGCACUGAAGUAGGUGACCACAUUUCCACCCCCGACGAUGACGACGAUGACGUGGAAACCCAGGGCACAGACAGGAGCCGGAAUGGCGGCGCCCCUCACACAGUAGGUGGGGUCAGGGGCGGGCAGGAGGAGGUGGGAGGGGCUCAGAACCCCGACUCAUGCAUGAGUGACAGGGGGCCGGGGCAGCUUGGGAGAAACGGCAUCGCUAUGGCCACCCGAAACCCCGCGGUGUGCACCAUCGUCACGGUGACAAAGCAGCCGCCCAAGAAGAAAGCGGCACCAUCACGUGAAAAAAAGGUCACGCGCACCGUCAUGGCCAUCCUGGUCGCCUUCGUGGUCACGUAUGCGCCCUAUCACAUCAUGGUGUUCAUGAACACCAUCUGCUCCACCUGCGUUCCCAACGCUAUGUGGACCUUCAGCUACUGGCUCUGCUACAUCAACAGCACCGUCAACCCUGCCUGCUACGCCCUCUGCAACGCCACCUUCAAAAAGACCUUCAAACAACUGCUGCUCUCCCAGUACAAGGACAAUCGCUUUGGUAGAUAAACAGACGUGUGUGUAUUUCUAAUGUAAUUUCACCCAUUAUCAUCACUUCUCAAUGUUUACCACUGUCCUGUAAUCACACACAAAUCCCCCGUUACCACCACUCUCCUAUAACUACAGCUGCAAUAGAUUUGUCUUUAUUGUCUUCCUCUUAAUUUUCCUACCAAUGACAUCAUUGUAAAUGCCACUGUCCAGCAGUUAUUAAUCCAUACACUGGCCCAGAUCUAUCUUCUGAAACUUUACAUAAAUUGGCUAUCGGUUCUGUAAAGUUACAGAUGGUGAUCUUUAAUUACACAGAAUAUAGCUUUACUAUGUUUGUCAACCCACUUGACCAAGCUUUGCAUUUGUAAUCCAUAUGUGGUUAAUUAAAAUAAACAGACAAUUCUGAAGUGA